AUGGUCCGUAGCAGUCUUUUGCUGCCGCUUAUCGCGGCGGCUUCCGCCGUCCAGGCAACUACCUUCCACUCUAGGGUCAUCCAGGGCGCCUACAUCGUCGAGUUGGAGGAUGGUUUGGAUGCGUCCGACUUCUACGCUCAGGCUGACGCCGAAACCACCACCCGCAUGAAACUGUCCUACUCUCUGUUCAAGGGUGCGUCGAUUCAGUUCAAUGACCUCGACACCGCCGAGGAGAGAGCUGCCCUGAUGGGAAAGCUCCCUUCCGUCAAGAACAUCUACCCCGUCAAGACCUACAGCAUUCCCAAGCCUGAGAUCGUCUGGACGGGCGAGCAGGGCCGCGAGUAUAUCGACAUCAAGAGGCGAGACGAGGGUGCGGACGUCUUCUCCACCCACGUCAUGACCCAGGUCGACAAGCUCAGGGCCGACGGUGUCACUGGAAAGGGCAUCAAGGUCGCUGUCAUUGACACCGGUAUUGACUACUUGCACCCUGCUCUGGGUGGUUGCUUCGGCUCCAACUGCUUGGUCAGCUACGGAACUGACUUCGUCGGCGACGCCUAUGACGGCUACAACGAGCAAGUCCCCGACGCUGACCCCAUGGACUGCGGUGGUCACGGAACCCACGUUGCUGGUAUUAUCGCUGCCCAGGAGAACCCCUUUGGUUUCACUGGUACUGCUCCUGGUGUCACUCUUGGUGCUUACAAGGUAGUUUUCGGCUGUGACGGUGAGGUUGGCAACGAUGUUCUCAUCGCCGCCUUCAACCGUGCUUAUGAGGAGGGCAGCCAGAUCAUCACUGCCUCUAUCGGUGGUAGCUCCGGCUGGGUCGACGAGCCCUGGUCUGCCGCCGUUACCAGAAUCGUUGAGGCUGGUGUUCCUUGCACUCUCUCUGCCGGUAACUCCGGUUCCGAGGGUAUCUUCUUCGCCUCUACCGCUGCCGGCGGUAAGCGCGUCAGUGCCAUUGCCUCGUUCGAUAACAUUGUUACCCCCGCCGUUCUCGUUGAGCAGUCCUACACCAUCGGUGGUGGUGAGCCCAAGAAGUUCACCUACACCCCUGGUGAGCCCUCGAAGGGCUGGACCGACGUCUCUCUGCCUCUUUGGGCCCCCAGCACCGAUUCGUCCUCGGCUGCAGCCCUUGGAUGUGAUCCCUACCCUGCUGACACGCCUGACCUGAGCGACAAGAUCGUCCUCAUCAAGCGUGGAACCUGUACCUUCGUUAUCAAGGCCCAGAACGCUGCGGCCAAGGGCGCCAAGCGUGUCAUUAUCUACAACAACGUUCCUGGCGCCAGCUCCGUCACCGUCACCUCUGUCACUGAGAUUGUGGCUAUCGGUAUGGUUGGCCCCGACGUCGCCGCCCCUUGGGUCUCUGCUCUUGCUGCUGGAACCGAGGUCGUCCUUAACAUGGACGAUCCUGCCACGGCCGAGCGAAUCCUUACUUUUGCUCCCAACAACGCUACCGGUGGCUCCGUUUCCAGCUUCAGCUCUUGGGGCCCCAACUGGGAUGCCCACCAGAAGCCUCAGUUCGGUGCCGUUGGAGGCAACGUCCUUGCCACUUACCCUAGAGCCCUUGGAAGCUACGCUGUCCUCUCUGGAACCUCCAUGUCCUGCCCUCAGACCGCCGGUAUCAUCGCCCUGAUUGCCGAGGUCCGCAAGACUCUCGACCCCCUCACCAUCGAGAACAUCCUGUCUGCCCACGCCCGCCCUGUCAAGUUCAACUACGGCACUGGUCCCUCCGACCUCAUUGCUCCUGUCCCUCAGCAGGGUGCCGGUCUCGUCCAGGCUUACGAUGCUGCCCACGCCAGCGUGAUCCUCAGCGUCUCCAGCCUUUCCUUCAACGACACUGACAACUUCAUCCCCGAGCUUAACUUCACCAUCAAGAACACCGGCUCCGAGGCUGUCACGUACGAGCUCAACAACAUUGGAGCCGCCACCGCCUACUCCUUCGCGGCUGCUGGCGACCUCGAGCUUGCUCCCUUCCCCAACCAGCUUACCACCGAGUACGCCACCCUUGCCUUCAGCGAGUCCAAGGUCUCCGUCCCCGCUGGCGGUGAGGCCACCGUCCUCGUCGCCCCUACUGCUCCUGCCGGCCUCGUUGCCGCUCGUCUGCCCGUCUGGUCUGGCUACAUUGCCCUCAACAGAACCGACGGCCCCAACCUGAUCCUCCCCUACAUGGGCAUCACCGGCAGCCUGCACAGCCACGACACCCUCGACAACGCCCUCAUGUCCACCUCCGAGCUGGCCGAGACCGACGACUACCCCGAGGUCCCCGCCAACCACACUUUCGUCCUCCCUCCCGCCGGCACCGCCAACGAGACCGACGCCAUCGUCCCCGUCCUCCUCAUCAACAUGGCCUUCGGCUCCUCCUUCGUCCGCGCCGACCUGGUCCCCCUGACCACCUGCCCUCCCAACAGCACCAAGGAGGUCUGGGGCGUCAAGACCAUCGGCCAGCCCCGCGGCUUCCCCUACCUCUACGUCUCUCGCGGCCCCAGCCCCGUCAAGUGGGACGGCCAGCUCGACGACGGCACCUUCGCCCCCGCCGGCAAGUACAAGUUUGCCAUCAAGUCUCUGCGUGUCUUCGGUGACGCCUCCAAGCUUGAGGAGUACGACACCACCGAGACCGCGCCUUUCCGCAUCACAUACGGCGCCGCCAACGGAACCGUGCCUUCCAGACACUAG